UUUCUAUGUAUGCUCUCAUUGUAGUAAUUUCAAGAACAAUGUCGACUUUUGCUUUCUUGGUCGUGUGCGUUCAAGCUUGCUUGAUCCAGAAUGUCUACAGUCAAUGCAUUGGCGCACCUUUGGGUCCCGGGGCAUAUCCGGGCAUGGCAAACCCAGGCCUUGCAUUAAGUCAGGCUGGUUUGGUAGGACCAGCUCUAGCUAACCCCGCUAUGGCAAAUCCCGCUUUAGCCCCCUUCGGUAACAUCGCUGGUGCUUAUGGAGGUUCUGGUAUCGGUGAUGUAGCCGUAGCCGGAGAGAUGCCAGUAGCUGGUACCACCAUGGUAGCGGGACAGGUGCCCAUACUCGGUGCUGUACGCUUCGCUGGUGACCUACCAGCUGGUGGUGUGGUCUCCAUUGCUGGUAGCUGUGGAUGUGGAGCUGCUGGUCCAAUCAGCAUCACCGCACAAUAUAUCGGUAAUGCGUUUGCUGAAAACAUAGCUUGGAGUCCAUCUUACCCCAUGCCUUAUGGGCCUACGCCAGUGCCGUACGCACCAACCCCAGUACCUUUUACACCGAACCCAGUGCCGUACGCACCAACCCCAGUACCUUUUACACCAAACCCAGUGCCGUACGCACCAGCCCCAGUACAAUACGCACCCGCCCCCAUGUCAUACGCACCUGCUUCUUCAUACACACCUAAUAGCUAUUAUGUAUCAAGUCCGUACAACCCAGCAAGUCUAUCUGCAUCAAACGCAUGUGGUUUUUCCGUAUCCAGUUCAUCACCGGUGGCCCCAGUUGGUGUUACUAUGAUGUCAGAGAAUGCCUUCGAGGGUCCAUUAGCAGUAGCUGGACAAAUGCCGUUCCUGGGAGCUAUUGGGGUUGAAGGUAAUCUUCCUACCUAUGGUGCUGGAGCUGUUACAUAUAAUAGUGGUAAUGGCCAGGUUGGAAUAAUGGCUGAAGAUCUUGCUGGUUAUGGCUACCCGGGCUAUUCUUAUGGAGCUCACGGGUAUUAUGAAGGCGCAGUUUACAAAGCUACAGGUGUGUCAAAGAGCGAUGGAACGAUGUAUGAUAGGGAAAACAAGAAGAGACAAAAUAAAGAAUACAGUAUUAAGGAAAAUAACAAAGGUAACAGAUGUUACAAUAACGAUCAAGAAGCUAAAGUGGAAAUGGAUGGGACACAUCGCAAGAGAUAUUCUGAACAAUUCAGACAGUCAAACAUGUCUCUAUUCAGUGUAUUCAUCCUGUGCCUUCAAGCUUGCUUGAUCCAGAACGCUUUUGCGUGGAUCGCCGAACCAGGUCUUGCACCUUGUCUAGCUAACCCAGCGAUGGGUAUCGCUCCAGCACCAGGUCUCGCUAACCCAGCAUGGGGCCUAGCUGGCCCAGCGAUGGGUAUGGCCCCUUUUGCCCCCGCCCUGGCCUCUUCACCGUUCGCCCCAGCCCCAUUUGAAGCAGGUAUUGGUCCAUACGGCGGUGAAGGUAUCGGUGACGUAGCUGUAGCUGGAGAGAUGCCAGUGGCUGGUACCACUAUGGUAGCAGGACAAGUGCCCAUCCUUGGUGCUGUACGCUUUGCCGGUGACCUCCCAGCUGGUGGUGUGGUAUCUAUUGCUGGAAGCUCCGGAUGUGGAAGAUCUCCCUACAUGUACUAGAAUCCGUAUAGGACGUGAUGUUUCAAUAAAGAACAGUGACUUUA